AUGGCGGAGGCGGGGGCGGGGGCGGGGGCCCCGGCGCCCAUCUGCCGGUUCUACUUGGAGGGGCGCUGCCGCUUCGGGGCCCGCUGCCGGCUCCCCCACCCCGGAGCCCGGGCUGAGCCUCCGCCGGGGCCGCCGUCGGGGCCCGAGGGCAAGAAGCCGUCCAUGAAGACCGCCCAGGCUGUGAUCGACCGCAUCCGCUGGGACCCUCACCUGGACCCCGCCGACUUCUCCGUGGGCUACCUGGACCGCUUCCGCGGCGUGCAGGAGGAGCCCUUCACCGCCUUCUGCUGGGACGAAGAGCUGGCUGCGCUCGGCCCCGGGGUGCUGGCCGUGCCCCAGCACCGCAUCCGCUACUUCCGGCACCGCGGCCGCCUCGUGUGGGACCGCGCGUCCCGCACCGACCUCGUCUUCGGCUCGGCAGAGGGCCGUGGCACCACCAUCCUGGACGGGCUCGCCGCGGCCGGCGCCCCGGAGGAGGAGGACGAGGAGAACAAGGAGGACGGCCGGCCAGACACAGAGUCCGGCGCCCCGGGGGAGGACGGCCUGCAGGGGACCGAGUGCCCCCCCUGCCCGAGCAGCGGCUCGGAGACCUGGCGAGGGACCCACGACGGCAGCACAGGGCCGGAGCUAGAGACCAAGCGUAGCACUUCGACCCAGGGGCUGCGUCCCACGCAUUUCGUGGCCCUGAUGAUCACUGACCCGGAGCUUCGGGCGGCAGUGGCCAGGGCCCGGGCUCGCCUGAUACAAGCGGAGGCCUCCGCGGGCAGCAGCCUGGUGGGCCUCGAGGCCCUCGAGGCCCUCCACCUUACGUUGGUCUUGCUUCGCCUGGCAGGCCCCGGGGAGGUGGCCGCAGCUGCCCGGGCACUAAGAUGCCUAGUCCGGGCGCCCAGCUUCCGCUACCCAAUGGCGCUUCGUUUCCGGAACCUAGCUUGCUUGGACCGGAGGGUGAUCUACUCCAUCCCCAGCCCUGGCCUCGAGGACCUGGCCCAAGGCCUGGCACAGGGGCUAAAGGCGGAAGGCUUUCAGGUUCUGGAGCCCCCGGAGGAGUUAGGCCCUCACCUCACUUUGGCCAAACUGCCUAGGGGGACCCCCGGGCGCCUGUCCCUGCCAGAGGCCGAGGAGGGGGCAGAGCUGGGCAGCCAAUCAGUGGAAGGGCUUCAGCUCUGCUCCGUAGGGGGGCUGCAAGGGGCUGGGGGCUGCUACUCCAUAUUAGCCCAGGUCCCCCUAGGCCCCUCCACCCAGCCCAGGGCUCUCAGCUAGAACCUGGCCUUAUCAGCCCUGCGGGAGGGGCCCCCCCAACCUCAAGAGGCAGACUGCUCCAAACAAAUUGAUA